AUGGUGCCCAUUCCCAGCCUCCAGGACCAGGAGCUCAUCAUCUCCAAGCUCGACGACUUUGCCAAAACCCUCGAACGCCACCCGAAAUGGACCCCUCCCAAGCCUCACCCCUCCCUCUUCCACGUCUGGGAUUUCGUCAAGCGUAGCCACUACAUCAUGACGGAGAUCGACCAUUUACGCAAGGGCGAGGCUGUCAAAUAUCCUAAUCAGAUCCCUUCACUAAAUCAGGGCGCCGACAAUGAGGAGAGGGCACGAAUCUCCUUUACGGAUGUCGUCACCCGUACCCUCACCAUCAACCAGGUCGUCCAGAAUCCAGAAAUGCUGAACGCCUUGGGUCAAGGGGUCAUCGACUUUGAUGAUGACGUCAGAGCUAAGAGCAAGGCGGUUCAGGAUGCCAUCAUGUCUCUGCCCGAGUAA